AUGGAUCCACCGUUGGUCUCAUCAACAACAAGUCAAAAUGUGUCCAUCGACUUUCACCCCAAGCCUCCCAGCCAUGAUGGCUACCAUCCGCUGGAAGACCCGCAACUUCGCGCCGCGAAUUUCGGCCUGGGCCUAUCUGAAUGCCCUUCAGAGGCACCACAUGACUUCUUUUCUCUUUCAGGUGCUCCGCUUCAAGAGUUGCCUCCGGUAGUAUCCCCAGUGGUGGCCGUGCGCCUUCCACUCCAAGCGGGUAACGUGAAUGCAAAGAUUCACGGUCACGUCAACAAAAACAGCAGUAACCGUAGCACUCCCAUCAAGACCACUUCUACUAUCAUUUCCAAGACGCGCAACAAAGCCGACUUUCCUUUGGUGUGCUACCUUUGCGACAACGAACCCAAAUACUCCGACGUUUCCCAUCUUCUCACUCAUCUUCUGUCGCGUGGUCACGCCAGAGCUAAGGGCAAUAUCGAAGUCAGAUCCCACAUCCCGGGGGACGUCGAAGCUGCUCAGAAAUUCGCAGCGUUUCAAAAGUGGCAGGACGACAACGGGAUCGGGGCUUUGCUGAGUGAACGUUUCCUGGACAAGAACAAUAAAAAGAAGGAGAAGGAUCGCGUCGAGGCAGCCAAGCGUAAACGCUUCCUUGAACAGCAGCGUACAUCUUCGAAAAAGCGCAGGAACUUGUUCUUGCCACACAUUCCGACAGAACUCAUGGACGACUUCAAUAUCACGCCCAAGAGCACCAACCAGGACUUCAAUGGCCUAAACCCCACAGGAAGUCUCGACCGAAAUGUGACUCCAGGCUUCCUGGCGGCCCAAGAUCUUACCUAUCUGGGUUCCGUCUACAGCGAUUACGACAACUCCCGCGCAUCUGACUACGUAGACAGAAGCGAUAUGGUUUCAGAGUACGCAUCUGACAAUGAUGAUAAUGUACGCAGGGUUCCGGAGCUCAAGGGUCAGUACUGGCCUGGCAUGCAUCUGUUCGAUUCUGCAACCGAAGAGGGCAAGAAGAAGCGGAACCAGCGCAAGGAUGAUUCUGUGAUUCAGCGUAUGCGAAUCGGCUCGGAUGCCAUUAAUCCCACAGAGAUGGUUACAGAUAUGAUGAUGAACUUUGAACGCUAUCGUCACAUCGAUGAAGACCCUUCCGACGACGAGGUCAGUCCGCUCAAGGGCUCUGCGUCUAAAAAGAAAGCAUUCAUCCACAAGCCUUCAGUUGUCUCUGAGCACAUCCUCAAACGAAGAUCCAAGGCUCUCGCUACUAUGGGUGGACGCCUAUCUACGCCUACCAAGUCGACCCCACGCAAGAGUACCCCACGCAAAAGCACCCCGAGGAAGUAUACACCUCGAAAGCAAGCUGCCGUGAAGACCCCAAGCAAGAAGUCGAGGAAGGCUCGCGGUCAGGCUACUACUAAAGUAGUCGUUGAUAAAGAGGGGACAAGAGAGCGGCGCCCAAAGCGUGGUAGCGCUACGCGAGCCAAGUCAAGGAUUGCUGCGCAGGCGGAGCAGGCAGAACAUGACAUAUUUGAUGAUCGCGAUUCAAUCGACCAGGAGUUUGAGAUUGAUUCACCUGAUGAGACCCCGAUCAAGACAAAAUUUAAGAAGGAAACUGCUCGGCGCGCCACCCGAAACGACUCCCUACAUCCUUCUUACAAGCAUUCUGCCCCGUCCACCGUCGAAUCGACUACUGUCAACGGAAAUCCCACGUCUGGCGUGGCGGGCAGGCUUUCCAGCGACUCCAGGCCGGGCGAUGCCGUCGCCUAUACCCCGCAUCUUGACUUGCGAUUCGUUUUCGUCUUCGUCUUCGUCUUCGGUAUCCUACAGCCUCAGCAGCCUCAGCAGCCUCAGCAGCAACCCCAAGGAAUAGUGCCUCCUCCGUGUUUCGCCCAUGGCAUGCACAGUCACUGGACACCAACUCCAGCCUUCAACGGCUUUGAGCCUCAAGUCAUUCCUGGACAUGGCAUGAUUCAACCUCGAGAUUUCUACCAAGGUAUUCAGCACCAGUCACUUCCGCAAAGCGGCCAUAACCAGAACUCUUUCUAUCACUCCCACCCCUACCAGCAGAGCUAUGCCUAUCCCGACCCAAUGUUUCAUGACGGCAUGUUUCAAGACCGCUCUGGUUCUGUCAGAUCUCCGCAAGUCGUAGCAUGGAACACGGCCAACACCAACACUAAUGAGAACACCAACAUCUACGGAGGACAGCCCUGGUCCGUGAUCAGCGCCGCAGAGCGUGGAUAUGCCUCCCAACAUAAUACCGCAUGGGUUGACGCUGGUCACGCUACAGCAGCUGGUAGUGCGGGUGUUCUUUCCGGAGGCAACUUGAGCGCCAGUGUCAGCGCGAUGCCGACAAGCGGCCCAGAACCUUUAGCUACAAGCCCCGUGACCGGAGUUAUCAAGCUCGACCCAGCGCAGGAAUCUACCGAUGGCCAGUCCUAUCACUUUGACGAUGCCAUGGAAGCCAUGGGCCACUGA